GUCUUGUAGGUAAGUAAGACGGUUUCGCCGGCCCACUAUCCCGUCUGGUAGCUGCUGGGCGGCUUUCCGAUGAUCGACUUUGGAAAUUCACUAGAUUCGGCAGGCUGAUUGAUAUGGACUUCCUAAAGUGCCUUGUCCUCAAUUGUCUAGUCAGUUCUAUGGUUGCGCUUUCUUCUAUGAGAUUGCUAGCUCUUCCCUCGCCCUCUUACUCACCCGGGGCGACGCUUGAUAUCAUAAAUGGCUACACACCCUUUUCGCACUCUUCUAUCCCAUCGGUUAUGGAUGCGCGGACAUGGUAUCGUAUUGUCAUGCCCGCAUCAUCCUUGGGUCACGAUGAAGCAAGGAACAGGCGACCAUUGGUAAUUCGUCACCUUCACCUCCGCCCGAUAAUUCAUCUUGUCGCCCAACCAACUAGCCGCAUGGUGAUUUACUACGACAAAUUCGGGGGCGGAAACAGUUCGCGGUAUCCAGAAAGCAAAGGCAACGAUUGUUUCUGGAGGCCAUAAUUAUUCAUGACGGAAUACCCCCAGACACCUCGGCUUGAAUCAGAAUAGAAAAGGGGGUUGGUCUGGUAUGUAUGGCUACUCAUGGGGCACUAUAUUUGGUGGAAAGUACGCUAUCGAAUGCCAGCCGGAAUAUCUCAACAAGCUUGUCCCAGUCAUGUGGGCCGGCAGUUAUGAAAAUGGUCGAUCGCCGCCCGAUAUCCCCUGAGUUGCUCUCGACCUAGGUGUCGGAAGUCGCGGUCACGGUGCCA